AUGGUCCAAUUCAAUCUAACCGAAGACCAAAAGGCUUUGCGCGCCAAAGGAGCCAAGGUUGCAAAAGAAGUCCUGACACACGCCUAUGCAGACUACUCUAAGCACUCUGACCAACUCACGCGGUUCCGAGCAACUCGGCCAUACUACGGCAAGUUAAUAAAAGAGGGAUUACUCAAGGCCUUUAUCCCCAAGGCCGCAGGCGGUGACGCAGAUACCCUCUUGGAGACUGCCUUCCUUCUGGAGGAGCUUUAUGCAGUCGAGUCCAGCAUUGUGAUCCACCUAGUCGGCAGUGCUUUGGGAUUGUUACCUCUGGUUCUUGGCGGCACAUCCGAGCAGCAGGAGAGGUUCUUGAAGCCUUUCCUCUCCGGUGAAGGUGAUCCCCUGGCAAGUCUGGCUCAUUCCGAACCAGGUGGAACUGCGAAUCACCUUGAACAAGGAGGGAAGGGUCUUGGAGUAACUGCCAGGAAAGAGGGCGAUUUUUACAUUGUCAAUGGCGAAAAGCUAUGGACCACAAAUAGUGCCGGCUGGGACGGCAAAGGAGCAGAACUUACGUGCCUGUGCGCACGGUAUUCUGAGGACAGCCUCUCAGAGAAGUCCGGCGUCAACCCUGCAGACAAUUUGAUGGUACUUAUGGUGACUCGAGAGAUUGUGGCUCAAAACACCCCAGAGGCAUUUCAACUGCUCAGCGAACCUGAGCUCUUCGGGCACAUUGCUGUUACUGGUCCUCACACCCGAUACACCAACUUCAAAGUGCCAGCUGAUCACGUUCUUUUUGCCCCCGGCAAGGCCGGACCAUACAUCGAACAAGCCUUUGGCAUCUCCGGAGCUCUUGUUGGGGCCAUGGCAGUCGGUACCAUGCGCGCCGCUUUCGAAAAGGCACUCAAAUUCGCAAAGAACGACCAUCGCGGCGGAUCCAUGCCCAUUAUCCAAAGACAGAGUCCUGCAGACCUGCUCAUCGGUGCGAAAAUAAAGAUCGAUACUUCCCGAAUGCUCGUAUGGAAAGCACUCGACAGCUUGGGCAACGGUCCAGGAGAUGCGAAAUCUCGCUUCGAGUCCUGCCUUACAGCCAAAAUCUACAGCAGUGAUUCAGCAGUCACCUGCGUCUGGGACUGCAUGCAAGUGGUUGGCAUGACCUCGUACGCUGAAAGCGCUGGCUUCUCGCGCCUUCUGGCAGAUGCUGCUGUUUUCCCCUUGUUUGAUGGUGGAAACGUUGGCAUCAGGCGACGCCAGUUCCAAAAACUCAUGUGUGAGGAGGAAUACAAGCCGUGGGCAAAUCUUUAG